CCUCCCAUUCUCACCACGCAUGCGCAGUUCCGGGAGCGCGCAGCGCGGCGAUCAGCGGUGCACUGUCAGUGCCACCUGUCAGUGUCCAUAAGUGCCAGCUCUCAGUGUUUAUCCAUGCCACCUGCCAGUGCCCAUCAGUGCCACAUCAAUGGCACAUAGUGCCUACCAGUGUAAAUCAAUGCCACAUAUCAGUGCCCAUCUGAGUUGCCUGUCAGUGCCACCUAUCAAUGCCAAUCAGUGCUGCUAUCAGUGCCAGUCAGUGCCACCUAUCAGUGUGCAUCAGUGCCGCCUAUCAGUGCCCGUCAAUGCUGCCUAUCAGUGCUGCCUUUCAGUGCCUUAUCAGUGAUGCCUGUCAAUGCCCAUCAGUGCCACCUACCAGUGCCUCCUCAUCAGUGCCUCCUAUCAG